CAGAAACCCUCUAGACGGAUUAAGGGAAUAAUGAAGAAAGAAGUAAACUGAAGAGUACUGACUGAAGAGUUCCUACAAAAACAAUGAAUGCCACACACCAGCAUCACCAUGGAUCAUUUCACCUAUGGAACCACAGCUCUGGAGCUCCGCCUCUAAGCCAUCAACAGCACCAAGCCGGAGCGGAGAGACACCAUGGUUCGUCUGGGUGUUACGAGCAGCUGCUAAUCUCCACCGAGGUCUUCCUCACGCUGGGCAUCGUCAGCCUGCUGGAGAACAUCCUGGUCAUCGCCGCCAUCAUUAAGAACAAGAAUCUGCACUCUCCCAUGUACUUCUUCAUCUGUUCCCUGGCCAUGGCCGACAUGCUGGUCAGCGUCUCCAAUGCCACCGAGACCAUUGUUAUGGCAAUGAUCACUGACGGAAAUCUGGGGAUUGGUGGCGGCGUGAUCAAGAGCAUGGACAACGUGUUUGACUCCAUGAUCUGUAGUUCCCUGCUGGCGUCUAUCUGGAGCCUGCUGGCCAUCGCCGUGGACCGUUACGUGACCAUCUUCUACGCGCUGCGCUACCACAACAUCAUGACCACGCGCCGGGCCGCCGCCAUCAUCACCAGCAUCUGGACCUUCUGCACCGUGUCGGGCGUCCUCUUCAUCGUCUACUCUGAGAGCACUACCGUCCUCAUCUGCCUCAUCAUCAUGUUCUUUAGCAUGCUGGUGCUCAUGGCCUCGCUGUACGUCCACAUGUUCAUGCUGGCGCGUCUGCACAUGAAGAGGAUCGCCGUUCUGCCGGGAAACGGCCCCAUCUGGCAGGCAGCCAACAUGAAGGGGGCCAUCACCCUCACCAUUCUCUUGGGGGUGUUCAUAGUGUGCUGGGCUCCUUUCUUCCUCCACCUCAUCCUCAUGAUCUCCUGCCCUAGGAACCCCUACUGCGUGUGCUUCAUGACCCACUUUAACAUGUACCUCAUCCUCAUCAUGUGUAACUCUGUCAUUGACCCGCUGAUCUACGCCUUCAGGAGCCAGGAGAUGAGGAAAACCUUCAAGGAGAUCUUCUGCUGUUGGUAUGGUCUCGCCUCUCUGUGUGUUUCUCUAUGUGAAAUGCCCAGCAGAUAGUGAAUCUUAUGGAGAUACUGCAUGUGAACUGUUUAGGGAAAAGGUGAACAGUUUAAAAGAAACAUAAUUAUAUUAUUUGUAAAUAAGGACAUAUUUUUGUCUU